AUGGAAAUUUUUAAAGGAAUUUCUGAAGAAACUUUUGAAGAAAUUCAAGAACAAGAAGAAUCAACUCCUGAAAUUGUAUCUGUAUUAAAAAAAUCUAAAGGUCGUCCAUCUCGCAAAAAAAAUAAUCUUGGGCGGGUUUUGUCAUCGGGAUUCUUUCUUGUAAGUCUUUGGGCGGGUUUUCUCUUCGGAUCUUUGAGUGAGUUUUGCUUUGGGAUUUUUUCGUGUAAGUGGCUGCUUUGGAUAAGUGGAUUUUGUUUUCAAGUCUUUAGGCGGGCUUUCUUUUUGGGUAAAUUUCCAGUUUAUCAGUUUGUAUCACGUAGUGAUUUUUG